AUGGGGGGUGGCUUACGGUGUCCAACCAACUCAACUGGUGGAAUAGACAAGCCGGCGACAUCUAAGCCCGCAACAGUAGACCCCUCUCUCCUACACCUUCUACUGCCCACAAAAAGGACAAAGAAAUUUGACUUUGCUCACCUUGCCGAAUCGGCUACUUCUCAGGAAGAACCAGAGCUCGAAUGUGGUCCAGAUCUCCUGACAUCCACUUCCCAUAUUAGUCCCGAUAGAUCCCCCGGUACAGUUGAUCCCAGUUCUUUCACCUCCUCUGGUCAUUCGCUUCAAUAUUUUGUUAAUCCGAUCUAUCCUCCAUCAAUUCACCCAGCAUUAUUUGGAAGGACACCUUUGGAAGCGGCUACCAUGUUAGACAGACGCCUCUUUAAGAGUCGGAUGUCAUCAAGACCAAAGAAGGAGUUCAUCUGCAAGUACUGUCAACGUCGAUUCACCAAAUCCUACAACCUGUUAAUCCACGAAAGGACACACACAGACGAAAGACCUUUCACGUGUGACAUUUGUCACAAAGCAUUUCGGAGACAAGAUCAUCUGCGAGACCACAGGUACAUCCAUUCGAAGGAAAAGCCUUUUAAGUGCACAGAAUGUGGUAAAGGAUUCUGUCAGUCUCGAACCUUGGCCGUUCAUAGGAUCCUUCACAUGGAGGACUCCCCCCACAAGUGCCCCACUUGUGGACGAAGCUUCAACCAGAGGAGUAAUCUGAAGACCCACCUACUCACACACACCGAUAUCAAGCCCUACAACUGUGAGUCUUGUGGCAAAGUCUUUCGGCGGAACUGUGAUCUUCGCCGACACAGUCUGACCCACGGUCUGCGGCAGAUCGAGACCUCUACCCUGUCAGUACCCGAAUCCUCGAGAAUUAGUGAAGGUAGUCACGCUGAUCCUUCUUCUUAAAUUAUGUCCUGUGAAUCGAUCUAAAGCCGUCCAUAUUAUAUAGAAUAAACGUUAGAUGAAAUAACACAUCGGUUCUGACUGGUGAUCUUCAGAUCAAAACGUAUCCAUUCUGAAUCAAAUUUAGUUUUCUUGUGAUGAAAUGGCCUGGCAGAGUAAGAAAACAUUGGUGUUAAUCAUCUCAAGAAGAUUAGUGGAUUUAAAACAUUGGUGUUAGUCAUCUCAAGAAGAUUAGUGGAUUUAAAACAUUGGUGUUAAUCAUCUCAAGAAGAUUAGUGGAUUUAAAACAUUGGUGUUAGUCAUCUCAAGAAGAUUAGUGGAUUUAAAACAUUGGUGUUAGUCAUCUCAAGAAGAUUAGUGGAUUUAAAACAUUGGUGUUAGUCAUCUCAAGAAGAUUAGUGGUUUAAAACAUCGGUGUUAAUCAUCUCAAGAAGAUUAGUGGAUUAAAAACAUAGGUGUUAAACAUCUCAAGAAGAUUUGUGGAUUAAAAACAUAGGUGUUAAACAUCUCAAUAAGAUUAGUGGAUUUAAAACAUUGGUGUUAAUCACCUCAAGAAGAUUAGUGGAUUAAUAACAUUGAUAUUAUAAACUUGUAUUGCUCAACAGUUUUUUUUUCUUUAAUAAAAUACAACAGUGAAGUCGAGUUAAAAUCCAAUCAUAUAAUGUUUACGCAUGCAUCGUGGAUUCCCGAUUACUAGCUUGUAAAAGUGACAACGCUUCUUCUCGGAAAGGAACAACACUUCUGAUUGGAAAUCAACAACACUUCUGACUGGAAAUCAACAACACUUCUGACUGGAAAUCAACAACACUUCUGACUGGAAAUCAACAACACUUCUGACUGUAAAUCAACAACACUUCUGGUUGGAAAUCAACAACACUUCUGACUGGAAAUCAACAACACUUCUGAUUGGAAAUCAACAACACUCUUGGUUGGAAAUCAACAACACUUCUGACUGUAAAUCAACAACACUUCUGACUGUAAAUCAACAACACUUCUGACUGGA